AGAAGAUCUGAAGAUUCUUCCAGUAGGCUGCUCUGAAAUAGGGGAAUUUCACAACAAAAACAAAGUUUUGUUUGUCGUGGAGUGAGAUUACCCUGAAUGGAGGAAAAUAGAGUAAUGGAAUUGGUUUGAGAAGAAUCUCCGGACAGGAUCCUGGGACCGUUCCUAUGGAUCUUGGGCUGUCGGUAAGCUCUGGCGGUCAUGAAGCAUUCCAGCUGCCAACACCAAAAGUAGAGGAUAUUAAAGAAGAGGAAUAUGAUCACAUGAUCACAUGUCAAGACGACGAGGAGGAGAAGCCGCUCACAGAGCUGUUCUGUAAAACUGAGUCUCUUGGCUCUAAUGAAGCAUCACAGACAACAGUGAAGGUUGAAGUGAAAUUAGAGGAUGAUGAAGAUGAAGAAGAAGACCAAGAGGAUGAUGAAGAAUACCAAGAGGAUUCUCUUCAGGGAGACCCCGUGUCUCUGGCCCAGAUGAAGAGGGUAUCAGUGGUGCUGGUGGACUGCUGUAGACCACAAGGAUGGCGAGGGAAGGAGGAGGAGAUGCAGACCAACAGAGAUGCACAUCAGAUCGAGACCAGUGCAUCAAAAUAUCCACAUGGAACACAACAGAAUGAUAAACUCAACCUGCAUCUCCUAGAAGGACUGUACCACUGUGCAGUCUGCAGGAAGAGUUUCACAGCCCUGAAAGAACUCAAGAAACACCAGAAAAGGCACUUUUGUGUCGUUAGUCAGAACACUGGCAAAGAACUUUUUAAAUGUGACCACUGUGGAAAAAUGUUUAGGGACAUUUCGGGUCUUAAAACUCAUAUGCUGACUCACAAUGGAAAGAAGACUCAUGUAUGUGCCCAGUGUGGAAAAGCUUUUUCACAAAUGUCAUCUCUUAAAAACCAUAUGCUUAUUCACACUGGAGAGAAGCCUCAUAAAUGUGCCCAGUGUGGAAAAGCAUUUAAAAGGGCCACAACUCUUAAAAUCCAUAUGCUUACUCACACUGGAGAGAAGCCUCAUCAAUGUGCCCAGUGUGGAAAAGCAUUUAAACAAAUGUCAAAGCUUAACCGUCACAUGCAUACUCACACUGGAGAGAAGGCUCAUCAAUGUGCCCAGUGUGGAAAAGGUUUUUAUGAAACAUCAUCUUUUAAAAACCAUAUGCUUACUCACACUGGAGAGAAGGCUCAUCAAUGUGCCCAGUGUGGAAAAGCAUUUACACAAAUGUCAACUCUUAAAAUCCAUAUGCUUACUCACACUGGAGAGAAGCCUCAUCAAUGUGUCCAGUGUGGAAAAGCAUUUACAGAAAUGUCAAGUCUUAGGACCCAUAUGCUUACUCACACUGGAGAGAAGGCUCAUCAAUGUGCCCAGUGUGGAAAAGGUUUUUAUCGACCAUCAGCUCUUAAAAGCCAUAUGCUUACUCACACCGGAGAGAAAGCUCAUCAAUGUGCCCAGUGUGGAAAAGCGUUUACACAAAUGUCAAAUCUUAGGACCCAUAUGCUUACUCACACUGGAGAGAAGGCUCAUCAAUGUGCCCAGUGUGGAAAAUGUUUUUAUCAAACAUCAACUCUUAAACGCCAUAUGCGAACACACACUGGAGAGAAGCCUCAUCAAUGUGCCCAGUGUGGAAAAGGUUUUUAUCAAACUUCAACUCUUAAACGCCAUAUGUUUACUCACACUGGAGAGAAGCCUCAUCAAUGUGCCCAGUGUGGAAAAGGUUUUUAUCAAACAUCAACUCUUAAAAUCCAUAUGCUUACUCACACUGGAGAGAAGCCUCAUCAAUGUGCGCAGUGUGGAAAAGGUUUUUAUCAAACAUCAACUCUUAAAAGCCAUAUGCUUACUCACACUGGAGAGAAGCCUCAUCAAUGUGCCCAGUGUGGAAAAGCAUUUACACAAAUGUCAAGUCUUAGGACCCAUAUGCUUACUCACACUGGAGAGAAGCCUCAUCAGUGUGUCCAGUGUGGAAAAGCAUUUACAGAAAUGUCAAUUCUUAGGACCCAUAUGGUUACACACACUGGAGAGAAGGCUCAUCAAUGUGCCCAGUGUGGAAAAGGUUUUUAUCGACCAUCAGCUCUUAAAAUCCAUAUGCUUACUCACACUGGAGAGAAGGCUCAUAUAUGUGCCCUGUGUGGAAAAGGUUUUUAUCAAACAUCAACUCUUAAACGCCAUAUGCGAACACACACUGGAGAGAAGCCUCAUCAAUGUGCCCUGUGUGGAAAAGGUUUUUAUCAAACAUCAACUCUUAAACGCCAUAUGCGAACACACACUGGAGAGAAGCCUCAUCAAUGUGCCUAGUGUGGAAAAGCAUUUGAAUGGACCACAACUCUUAAACACCACAUGCUAGUAUGGCACAUAGAGUAUUGUACUCACAUAUUAUUAGUUAUUAUUAGAUAAGUGUUUAUGCUUAAUAUACAUAAGUAGGUUUGCAGACACCCCUUAUUUAAUGUAGCCUAAUACUAGUAUACUUCCAAACUACACACUAUAGAACGCACGAGACCACCUGAAAGUUUAAAGCUGUGGGUUCGAACGGAGUUCUUUAGUUUGUAUCUGGGACUCGAGUAAAGCACCUGCUUAGCCACAUAUUGUUUCAACUCUUAUUCUUUCAGGUGGGUUAAUUUCACGUAUGAAUGGGUAUUAACACAGUGUAACAUUAGUGUAUCUUGUCUGGUAUAGAAACUGCCAUUUUGUCACUAAUAAUGGUUAGUAUACAACUAUGAAGCGAUUGUGUGAUAAAACCGGAUGGACGUUAUUGUUAGUUUUGCUUGCAUGCUAGCAUGCCCUGAACAUCGUUAAUGAACUUAGUCAAUGUGAGUGUGAGUGGUCAGCUGUAACGCUUGCCUCCACUAUUACAUAGAAAUGUAAAAAAGCCAAUGACAGGGCAGUAAUAUGAAAGCUUAUACCGAUUCUCACUCGACUUCUUGAUGACGGUAAAACGUCAACUGUCCGAGUGAAACAGCUGACUAGCAGCUGAGUACGGUUCAGUUUAUCGUUGCCACGGCAACGGGCAGCUCAUUGGUCAUUUGUACAUAAAUAAAGACGUAUAGUUUAGAGUAGGAAUUUAGAUGUUGUAUUUAUAUGUUAUAUUAUAUAUUAUUAUAAUUAUAUUAAUAUCAUAUUAAAAUAUUAUAAUUGCACUGUAAGUUAUAAUUUGUUAGCCUAUACUUUUUGUCAUGUAUUGUAUUGAGUUUGUAUCUGGGACUCGAGUAAAGCAC